AUGGCGUCAGGUGAUGCCGAGAAGCACGAGCUAAACGAGCCCUGGGCUAUCUGGGAGCAGCGCGAGCAAGGGAAGAAUAUGUCGUAUGGCGACAAACUCUUCAAGCUCUGUACCUUCAGCACUGUGGAGGAGUUCUGGGGCUACUGGAACAAUAUCCCGUCACCCAGCCAAGUACUGUUUGACGGCUUCACGCGCAAGAAAUUCGCGGAUCGAACGGUAGAGGGCUUCGCAGUUUUCAAGGAAGGCAUCGUGCCUGAGUGGGAAGACCCAGAGAACAAGAAUGGCGGCGAGUGGUCCAUCCGGAAAGAGGUGGGAGCCCAGGAACUGGACGAGUUUUGGGAAAAGCUAGUGCUAGGAGCUAUUGGAGAGCUCAUUGACCCGGGCAACGAGGUGACGGGCGUUCGAGUUAUCCACAAGAACAACAAAAAAGACAAGAAGGACUCUGGCAACAACUAUCGCUAUGAAAUCUGGCUGCGAGGCUUAAGCCGCGCCAAGGCCGAUGAGAUCCGCAACAGGACGAUGGACGUGGUCAACUCGGGCAGUUCUGGGGCGCCCUGGGUGUCCAAUGAGUUUGUGUACAAGAAGCACUAA